CAUGUACCUGCAGCUGCGUGCGGAGCCUUCCUGCUCUACAUCAGCACGGACUACGUGUUUGACGGGAAACCUCCGUACGGAGAAGACGACGCUCCCAGUCCUCUCAACGCCUACGGACGCAGCAAGGUGGAGGGAGAGGAGACACUUCGACACUGUCCAGGUACCUGUCUUGCGGCGGUGCUGCGGGUGCCCGUUCUGUUCGGGGGGGAGUCUGUGACGGAGAGUGUUGUAACGUCUCUGUGGCUGGACGUCCAGAACAUCUCCGAGGGCUCCUUGGAUCACCGUCUGCAGAGGUUCCCCAGAGCCAGAGACGUGGCCGCUGUCUGCAGGAAGCUGGCCCAGAGACAGAGACAGGACCCGUCCAUCAAAGUCUUUCAUUUUUCGGCUAAAGAACAGAUGACCAAAUAUGAGAUGGCCGUCGCCAUGGCAACAGCCUUCAACCUGCCGUCCAACCACCUCAUUCCUCUGACGGAGCAGCUGCCGGCUGCGACUCUUCGACCAAUCAACAGCCAGUUGAACUGUUGUCGUCUGGAGCUGCUGAACCUGAGCGUAGAGCCGCGAGCGUUCACCUCCGCCAUCACAGACUGUCUGUGGCCCUUCACCCCGGACAAACGCUGGAGACAGACUGUCUUCCACUGACCUAGAGAGACAGGCAGACAGACAGACAGGCAGACAGGCAGACAGACAGGCAGACAGACAGACAGACAGACAGACAGGCAGACAGGCAGACAGGCAGACAGACAGGCAGACAGACAGACAGGCAGACAGACAGACAGACAGACAGGCAGACAGACAGGCAGGCAGACAGA